CUGGAAAAUGUUGCUGUCCGGAGCGUGGUUCAUCGCAGCGGCACUCCUCGCGAUUCUGGUGUUGGCUAUCGGUUGCCGGCCGCCCUGGUGCUUCUGGACCAGAAACUACAACGCUAAAAACGAUGCGGGCGGCAACGACAGGAAGUUCAAGACGGAGCGCGACGUGCCCGGCCCGUUUGCUUUACCAAUUCUCGGCACCAGAUGGAUGUACUCUCGGUUCGGCUACUACCGCAUGAACAAACUCCACGAGGCGUACAAAGAUCUGAAUCGGCGAUAUGGAUCGCUGUGCAAGGAGGAGGCGCUAUGGAACUAUCCCGUGAUCUCCGUCUUCUCCUCUGGCGACAUCAAUACUAUUCUGAAACGAAACUCGAAAUACCCGCUUCGUCCUCCGCAGGAGGUCAUAUCCUACUACCGACGCUCCCGGCGUGAUCGUUACACCAACCUUGGUCUGGUCAAUGAACAGGGCGUGACGUGGCAGAAGCUCCGGGUUGCCUUAACUCCAGCACUCACCGGAUCUGGUACUGUAAGUGGUUUCUUCCCGGCUCUCAACACCGUCACCGACGAAUUCAUCGACCUGAUCGUGAGCGAACGAGCAACAAAUUCCACCGUGAGAGGCUUCGAGGACCUCGCUUACAGAAUGGGACUCGAGAGUACAUGUACACUGAUCCUGGGUCGUCACUUGGGUUUUUUAAAACCAGAUUCCAGCAACAUACUCACAAAGAGAUUAGCGGAAGCGGUCAGGAUUCACUUUAUGGCCUCGCGCGACGCCUUUUACGGCUUACCGCUUUGGAAACUACUACCGACAUCCGCGUACAAGCAGCUAAUAGAGAGCGAGGACACUAUAUACAACAUUAUCUCGGAGUUGGUGGAGACGACCAUACGGGAAAAAGAGGACGAAGCCAAAGAUGAAUCUGUCGAAGCGGUCUUUCUAUCUAUUUUAGGGCAGAAAAAUCUCGACAUCAGAGACAAAAAGGCUGCAAUAGUGGAUUUUAUAGCAGCGGGAAUACAUACACUAGGCAACACAUUGGUGUUUCUCUUCGACUUGAUCGGUCGUAAUCCCCAAGUUCAAGCGACUCUUUACGAGGAGGUACUGUCCUUGGCUCCUCCCGGUUGCGAUCUCACGGAGGCGGAUUUGCGAACAGCCGAUUAUUUACGCGCUUGCAUCUCAGAAUCCUUUAGGAUUUUACCUACGACACCUUGUAUAGCUCGUAUCCUGGAUGAGCCUAUAGAGCUGGAAAAAUAUCACUUAAAUGCCGGAACAGUAGUAUUGUUACAUACGUGGAUAGCAGGACUGGACGACAAAAAUUUCAAAGACGCGUCCAAGUACCUGCCAGAGAGGUGGAUGACAACCAUGAAGCCUCACUCGCCAUUAUUGGUAGCUCCUUUCGGGGCUGGUAAAAGAAUAUGUCCGGGAAAGCGAUUCGUGGAACUCGCGCUGCGACUUAUCGUAGCAAAGAUUGUUCGAGAAUUCGAGAUUGUCGUUCAGGAAGAGCUCAAUUUGGAGUUUGAAUUUAUUUUGGCGCCACGAAGUCCCGUGUCACUGGGAUUCCAGGAUCGUCUGUCGAGAACCGAAACGACCUGAACGCUUUGCUUGCGACGCGUCGGUGCAAUACUUAUCGAUUCGCAAAUGAAUGUUAAUUGAAUGAAUUCAUUUCAAUGAUCGAGCGGAGCGUGCCCGUGCCGUCCUAUGUUUCGCAGUUCCCUGUUCGCGCGCGCUUCGUCAUCGUUUUCAUCGAUUGAUUUCCGAAUGUUAUUAUUUUAUGUUUGUGUAUUAUUCGUAAUAUUUUUUAAUUCGUUGAAAGGAACUCCGUUCGUCCACUGAUGGUAU